CUGGUUCAUCUGUGUCCCUCUGCGGCCACUCGGCAGACACAAACAGCUGGUCGGAAACCCUGAAGCUGUUGAAUAAUCCCUUUCCCCGGCUGCCCGUUCACCGUAAAGAUGCAGAGCAAUAAGAAGAAGAACUUCAGGAAGAGGACUUGCCCAGAAGACGAUGAAGCCGGAGACCGAGAAACUAACAAUCCCAACUCCAGCUUAUCAGACGACGAAGAAGAACGCAGAUUAGCAUUAGAAGAGGUCAAGUUCCUUCAGAAACAGCGGGAGAGGAAGUUCGGAAUCCCUGCCCUUCCCGCUUCCCAAUCUGGGUCAUUGCUGUCAGCUAAGAAACUAGCUGACAAGAAUGAUGCUGCGUCGGCCGCAGCUGGUGGCGGUGGCGAGGGGGAAAAGGAGGAACUCGUCCUUCAAGACACCUUCGCUCAAGAAACUGCAGUCAUGGUCGAAGAUCCCAACAUGUUGAAGUAUGUUGAGCAGGAAUUAGCUAAGAAGAGAGGCAAGAACCUGGACUUGGAUGGUCAAGUUGAGAAUGAAUUAACGCGUGCUGAGGAUGAAUUAUACAUAGUCCCUGAUCAUCUUAAAGUUAAAAGGCGCAACUCAGAAGAGAGCUCUACCCAAUGGACUACAGGAAUUGCAGAAAUUCAGUUGCCAAUUGAGUAUGCAAUUAUUUCCCUCGGCUCAUUCCCUCGAUUUGUGUGAUACAAGUUGAAAAACAUUGAAGAAACAGAGGCCGCAAAGAAGCUGUUACAGGAGAAGAGGUUAAUGGGUAGGACCAAAACGUCUGACAUUAAUAUCCCAUCAAGUUACAGUGCAGAUUAUUUCCAGCGUGGGAGGGAUUACGCUGAGAAACUUCGAAGAGAGCAUCCAGAACUGUACAAGGAUGGGAAGCCGAAUGCUGAUGCUGCUGGAGGCGGCGUACCUAAACCUGCAGCAGAUAGCAAUAAUCCGGAAGCAGGAGGAGCAGCAGCUCGCAGGGAAGCUGCAACAGAUCAGUUCAUGCUAGAGCGUUUCCGGAAGCGUGAGCGCAAUCGUGUCAUGCGCAGAUAGAUGCCUCUCUCUGCUCUGCCUUUUCCUCUUUGUAAGGACAAGAUUGCUUUGAUUUGCCUCUUGUACUAUUUGUUGAGAGAUGCAGAACGCAUGACGAUUGACAUUGUGGUGUGGCCAUUCAGCGCGGCACUGAAAUGAAAUGAAAUGUAAUCUGAUGCAAUGAGAUUGAGAUUCAUAUGCAAUGAAGGUCACCGAACCUUGCGUUUACCGACGAUUUGAAAAGCACGAUUUGAAAAGCGAAUGGCUGACCAUCUCAAAAGCUCAAAAUCCCAUUCUGUUCCAUCUUUCUAACCAUCAGUGUAGAUUAAGAACAUAACUUAUACAGCCAACAUAGGAAACCCUAACAACGAGCAACUGUUAACUAUGCAUACCCAGGCGAUCUUCACAGUGCAAAAUAGCUUAUACGAAGCAAUAACAAGAAUCAAGCUACAUUACAUGGCUGCAAUAGAUGCAUCCAGCGGAAUUGGCUGUUCCAACAGCCAUGAAGAUUCUCCUAAAAAAAAUUCUUAAACACAGAGUUAACAACCACAAUCUUAUUUAUGAGGGAAGUUUAUCCUUUUACAGGUUCCACCACUGACAUCAAAAGUACACCAAGCCCAAACAUCUACAUGGACGACUUGCAACGUUUGGAUACAAAGGAAACAAAGUUAUAGUCCCAAAACAACAAAUUAUUUUUGCCAAACAGCAAGCAACUCUUUGAAACCAGGAAAGUAGGCAUCCCAGCAUUGACUUGGCCUUCCAACAAAACGCCCAUCUGCAAUAUCUGCCGGAUACAAUUAUCAAGAAUCCCAAAUCAAUGCGAGUGAGAGGACGAAGGCGAGCCAACCCUAUCGUAGAUUUGCUCGCCGACGAGAUAUACGCCGAAGGCGACAAGCGCGAUGCCGAGCCCAGGAGUCGCGUGGCGGAACUGCUUGAUCAUCAUUGGAUGCUUCCUCCAUUCAUCCCUUCGCCGGAAGAAUUCCCCGGUUGGUCCCAACUGCUUCCCCAUCUUUCUUCUCCGAUUUGACUACUGUGUGUGCCCUCUCCCCCAACUUCUCCCUGCUUCCUGCUCUCAAAUGUGUUGGUUCUGCAAAUCGGGAAUCCUCUUCAUUUCACAACAGCGCAAUGCUCCAUCGCGUGGGCCUAUGUUGUUUACGGCCCACAGAACUAC